AUGAGCCCAAAGAACGACUCCGGUUUCAAGGUCGAGCCUUUCGACGGCUCGAACUAUGGGUUGUGGAGUUACAAGAUGAAGAUGUACCUGAUGUCAAAGGGGCUGUGGGGCGCGAUCGCGGGCAAUGAGGCAACAAGUGAGGCCAAGGAACAGCAAGCCCACGCCGCGAUCGUGCUGAAUCUGAGCGAUUCGCAGUUGAUGCAUGUCAUCGACUCGGCCACUGCAAGAGAAGCGUGGGGACGUUUGGCGCGAUUUCAUCACAGUCAUGACAUGGCGAAUCGACUUUGGCUGAAGGAAAAGUUCGCCUCGUUCAAGUAUGCAGCAUCAAGCAUGAGCGGUCACGUGAUGGAGCUGGAGGACCUCGUGAUGAAGAUGAUGCGCGCGAACUGCGGUCCAAGCGAAGAAGACGUGUGCGCGGUACUGUUGCGGAGUCUACCUUCAAGCUUCGAGAGCUUGGUACAGGCAUUCCGCAUGUCCGUCGCAAGCUUCAGUUUUAGUGACCUCGUGAGCAAGUUGAUCGCCGAAGAAGUGCGCCAGAAUGAGGCUGCACGGGUGGAAGAUGCAACGGCUCUCUACGCUGGCAAGAAGAAGGGUAAGCAGUACCCGAAGAAGCAACAAGUACGGCGCGCGAAGGGACCAUCAGGGACCUGCUACAACUGUGGCAAGGUCGGACACUACGCCAGAGAUUGUCGCUAUGGUCGAGGGCCAAGGGAGCACCAGCAUGACCAGUCGAACGUUGCGUUCAAUGCUUGCGAAGGUUUCGCUAGCGACAGCUGGGUCAUGGACAGUGGCGCGUCAGCACACAUGUGCAAGGAUCGAGAUGCGUUCGAAGAGUACGAAGAAGUGCAUCAUGCGCGAAGCAUUUCAAGCGCAAAGAGCGACGUGAAGCUGAAUGUUAUUGGACAUGGGACAGUGAAGCUGCGCGUCUGGACAGGGCAUGCGUGGAUCGACGCUCGCCUUGAGAACACAUUUCACGUUCAAGAUUUGUCCAAGAACCUGUUUUCGCUCACGGCUGCGGCAGCGCGCGGCAUGACAGUGGAGAUAACGCGCAACGAGUGCGUGGUGAAGCGUGGCGGCACACCCGUCGCAACAGGAAGGAAGCAGGGGUUCCUCCUGUAUCUCAAUGCUGACUACGGUACGGAGUGCCACAUGGCCGAAGACGAUACAGAGCUAUGGCAUAGAAGACUGGGUCACGUGUCGUAUGGUACGCUAAAUGCCAUGGUCAAGGACGGAAGGACCAAGGGCGCAACGAUGAAGACGAACGUUGCGUGUGACGUAUGCGCAACGUCAAAGCAAGUGCGCAAGUCAUUCAAGACAAGUGAAGAAGACGCUGAAACCAGGGAGAGUUCGCGUUCCGACGUGGUGGUGUGCUCCAACGUUCUCGGACCUAUCACGCCAGCGUCCAAGUCUGGUUUCAGUUACGCCGUAACCUUCAUCAUGAUGAAGAGCAGGUAUGUAACGGUCUAUCCGUUGCGAAAGAAGAGCGACGUUGCGAGUGCGUUCAAGCGGUUUUACCAAGAUAUCAAGACAACAUCUGGAACGAAGAUAAGAUGCUGCGAAGUGACAAUGGCGGCAAAUUUCCGGAACGCAACGAUGAACAACUUUUGCAAGGCAAAGUUCAUCAAGCAAGAAUUCACGGUUUCGUACAACCCAGAGCAGAACGGGAUGGCGUAG